AGUAAACAUUCGGAGUGACCUUAAGUAUGACCCUAUCCCGUGAUGCUGUGUGACUGUCAUGGCGGACGUCGUCUGUUCGUCGGCCACGUAAGCUGACAUUUUCAGGAAAACUCCCAUGUUUCGUGAUGAAAACAUGUUAAUACUACUAGUAGCCACUGCUUUGGGACCCAUGGCUUCCGCUGGUGCCACAAAAAUUGACGGGAAACCCACUGUAGACGAAGCUCAGGUUCUAGCAUAUGGUGGGAUCCUGAACAGCUUUGUGCCAGGUGUGCUGCCAAAUGACACCGACAUCCAACAGGUGGCACAGUUUGCUCUCCAGUAUGCCACAGAACAUGUACCACAUCUGGUACCCAGGGCAGGGGAGGGUGCUGAGGGUGGAGACUUCCUCAAACCUGAAAUACUGCAGCCAAGGAAACUGAAACUCCACUUUACUCAGAAUGGCCAGAACCCUGCUCUGUAUGAGUUGGUAUAUGAACAGAAUGGGGAGAAGCUGACUGAGACCCACAUCAUCAUCCUGGGGAUCACCUACUUCCUCACCCUGUCCUGGCCAAGCAUUGCAAACUCCCUGGUCCACAGAUUUGUGGUCACCAUGUUCUCAGGACACCUGUAUGUGUUUGAGCACACCUGGUUCCAGGUAGCCUCUCAGACAGAUGAAGGGACAGUUUUGCCAUGUGCUUCAAAAUAUUUACAAGAUGUCCAGGAAGAUGCGAUGUCUUCCACUAGGACUCAAAAUGUUGAAUCAUUGACUCUUGGAGAUAACAAACAUAGUGUGCAAUAUUCAUCUAGUCAGGUUUGCCAACAGACUUCUCAGGAAAAGCAGGAGUGUGGUAGUCAAGAAAAGGCAAAAUCUGCAACUACAACAAAAAAGCCUUAUCUUCAGACUGACAAUGACUUAUCUGCUGGACUGAAGAUUGCUUCCUACAAUGUAUGGAAUUUUAAUGGUGGUCCAGAGGGAAGAGUGAAGGCUUAUGUAGAGCGAGCCCAGCACCUGGGACAGGUCCUUGCUGACUGUGCUGCUGACAUCAUUGCCUUGCAAGAAGUGAGGUUUGCCUACAACAGAGGAGGGCCUCUGGGGCCAAACCAGAUACAACACUUCACACACUACCUCCCUGGAUACCAGUAUGUAUUUCAGCCUGCCAUGUCCUACCCAGAGAGCAUUUUGGGAAGGGUAGAAGAGGGUGUAGCCAUCAUCUCCAAAUUUCCAAUUAUCACCCAUGACUAUAUUCUACUGUACAGAAAUGCCAGUGACUCAGAAGACUUCCAUCAAAGAAUCUGUCUACAUGCUGAGAUAGAGACACCAUAUUUGGGACUUGUUCACCUGUUUGUGACCCACCUAUCCCUGAGUGAGCCGGCCCAAGACAAGUCAGUUGUCCAGAUCUGGGAGUUCAUGCAGCGCUUCAGUGGGCCGGCUGUCCUGAUGGGAGAUCUCAACACUGAGCCUGGCUCCAAGGCUAUCAGGUUUCUCCAAGGUGUUGAGGAGAUUGACAGAGUGAAGACUGAAGAACUUCAGGAUGCCUGGCUCAUGAAAUAUCCAGAGCCAAGGGCUGAUAGAGAUGGUACCUACUGGAGGAAUGAGAUCCGAGAUUCAGGACUGACAUUCAAUGCACUGAAGAGCCACUUGGAGAAAAGGAUUGACUACAUGUUCGUCCGGCUCCCGAGUGAUGUGCGUCUCCACAACAUCUCCCUCCUGGAUGACGGCAAACGGGGAUAUGCAGCUGCCUCAGACCAUGUAGGUUUAAUGGGUACCUUCACCUUCUCUCAGGGGAAGGACCAGGGCUCCUGAUGCCACAGAUCAAACUUAGAGUAUCCCAAUUGAAAACCUUAAGGUCAUGCUAUGAAGGAAACAAUAUCCUAUCAAAAUGUUAUUGUUGGGUAGUCCUAAUGUUUUUAGCUGCUAACUGUAACAAAAAUGUGUCAGAAAGAUGUACGUUUACAUUAACUCAGGUAUAUGGCCUUGUGUUGAAUUUUAGUUGAUUGUGAUUCAAGGACAUGUCUAUCACAGAAAUAGAAUGUACAUGUACUUGUGAUAAAAUGAUGAUGUGCCAAAGCAUUAAGUGGUGUAAAUAAUCUGGCUAGAAAUUAUCUAGUAAGAAACAAAAGAGUUCCAUGGCUGCAUAUCAUCACCAACAACUAUUUUUCAUUAACUGUGUGCUACUACUGAUUUGCAUAAUAAAUGUGUAGUGUAAUAUGUUUUUA